AUGGAAAAAUUAUCUGAUCAAGAGAUAAAUGAUAUUAUUAAAAAAAUUACUGACGGAUAUAAAUCGAAGAAUGUUGAUAUAGAUAAAAUAAGUUUAAAUCUUCAAAAAAUCAUUAAUUUGUUAAAUAAUUUUGAAGAAGAGAAUUAUGAAAAGAUACAAAAAUUAAAAAAUGAAAUAUCAAAAGAAAUUAAAAAAGAGUUAGAAGAUAAAGAUAAAUAUUUUACAAAAAAAUUUCCUGAAAGUAAAAUAAAAGAAAUUAUUAAUCAUAUUAUAGAAGAGAUAUUUGUUAAAGUUAAGAUUCAAAAAGAUGAUAGGGAUGAAUUAGAAAAUCAUUUGAGAUAUUUCAUUAAGUCUAUUAGUAAUUUUAAUGUUCGUGAUGAGGAACAUUUUAAUAAGAUUAAAAACAAUAUUUUUAAUAAGGUCAAAAAUAUAUUAAAUAAUUCUUAUGAUAAAGAUCUUGAUAAUAAGAUAGAAAAAAUUCUUUCUAAUAUUACAUAUUAUCUUUAUCGAGAAAUUAUAUUAUCUGAUAAUAGUAAAGAUCCAAUAUUUCUUAAAGAUAAAAUAUCAAUCAGGAGACCAGGAAAUAUAGAU